AUGGAUACGGAUAUGCAUAACCACCCAACGACGCAGUUCAGUAAUGUCGUAUUGGGAGAUACACAAAUGGAAAGAGAUGUGCUUGGUGAGAUAAGUCAAAAUAAGAUGAGCCGCUAUCAAUGGUUUGUGAUUUUGAUUUGUGUUUUCCUCAAUAUUAUUGAUGGUUUUGAUGUCAUGGUUAUGGCAUUUACCGCACCUUCAGUUUCAGCGGAUUGGUCGCUUUCUGGUGCUCAAAUCGGUUUGUUAUUAAGUGCUGGUCUAUUUGGUAUGGCUGCUGGUUCGAUUUUUCUGGCACCACUUGCCGAUAAAAUAGGUCGCCGUUUACUGAUCUUAAUUUGUUUGGUGAUUGCUGGAAUCAGCAUGCUGGCGUGCGCUUUUGUGAAUAGUCAUAGCAUGUUGGCAGUCCUUCGUUUUGUCACAGGGAUUGGGGUUGGCGGUAUUCUUGCCAGUAGCAAUGUUUUGGCCAGUGAAUAUGCCAAUACGCGCUGGAGAAGUUUUGCGGUAAGUUUAAUGUCUACAGGGUAUGGGAUUGGUGCCACACUUGGUGGGAUAUUGUCACUGACACUGAUUGAAAAUUUAGGCUGGCGCUCGAUUUUCCUUGCAGGCGGAAUUACAACCAUUGCAAUGCUGUUGGUGAGUAUAUGGUUAUUGCCUGAGUCCUUAGAUUAUUUGUUGGCAAAAAGACCACAACAAGCGUUAGGGCGAAUGAACUCAGUAUUACAGCGUAUGGGCUUAACUCAUCUAGAUGCCUUACCUGAUUAUGCAAAAAGUGAUGCAAAGGGUGGCGGAGAUUUUGCCAAAUUAUUUGGUGGGCAACAGGGCUUUCAAACAUUGUGUCUAUGGGGUGCUUUCUUUCUCGUAAUGUUUGGCUUUUAUUUUGUGAUGAGUUGGACACCGAAAAUUUUAAUUUCAAUGGGAAUGUCGCCUGAACAAGGGGUUACCACAGGUAUUUUAAUUAGUAUUGGUGGGAUCUUUGGUGCAGCAAUUAUUGGUUUGCUGGCAUCCCGUAUCAAAAUCUUCUAUGCCUUAAGUCUAUUUCUAGGAUUAACUGCCGCAUGUGUGUUCUUAUUCGUGGCUGUCUCGGCCCAAGUGAGCGUGGCAUUGAUUGUUGGCCUAUUACUUGGAACGCUGAUUAAUGGCUGUAUUGCUGGUUUAUAUUCUAUUUCACCUACAAUUUACGAUGCCGAUAUUCGUAGUCGUGGCGUAGGCUAUGCUAUUGGUUUUGGACGUAUUGGUGCCAUUUUAUCACCAACUAUAGCAGGCGUUUUUUUAGAUAAAGGUUUAGCGCCAGCCACACUUUAUGCAUAUUACGGGGUGUGCUCUGGCGCAUGCCGAUUUAGUGACAGACAGCAGUGCAGAGCUAACGCUUAG